GUAGGUGCAAACAAAUGAUAAGGACUAAGAGUGAUUACAGUGAAGGAAAUGAUUUCCCCAUUCUGAGUAAGCUAUAAGGUGCUUUUCCACUUUGCACCUUCUGUUGUACUUGGACUUGACAAUUCUACCUGAUCUCCACUAGAUGGCAGCACUUACACAAAUACAAUGUAUGAAUGGGAGACUCCUCUUAAAAACUGAAGGAACCUGAACUACAAUCCCAGCAUGCACUGUUAAGCGCCUGACUUUCUUCUGCACGAAGUUCUCAAGUUUGUUGCUGGCUGAGUGAGCAGGAGGACGCCAUCCAUUGCUGCUGUAAAAUUAAACCACAGGUUCCGUUAUGGGGCGACUUGAUGGGAAAGUCAUCAUCCUCACAGCUGCUGCUCAGGGGAUCGGCCGGGCGGCUGCCUUAGCUUUUGCAAGAGAAGGUGCCAAAGUCAUAGCCACAGAUAUCAAUGAGUCCAAACUGCAGGAACUGGAAAAGUACCCAGGUAUUCAAACGCGGGCUCUUGAUGUCACGAAGAAGAAACAAAUUGAUCAGUUUGCCAAAGAAGUCGAGAAACUUGAUGUUCUCUUUAAUGUUGCUGGGUUUGUCCACCAUGGAACCAUCCUGGACUGUGAAGAGAAAGACUGGGACUUCUCGAUGAACCUCAAUGUCCGCAGCAUGUACCUGAUGAUCAAGGCGUUUCUUCCCAAAAUGCUUGCUCAGAAAUCUGGCAACAUUAUCAACAUGUCCUCUGUGGCUUCCAGCAUCAAAGGAGUGGUGAACAGAUGUGUGUACAGCACAACCAAGGCAGCUGUGAUUGGCCUCACCAAGGCUGUGGCUGCAGACUUCAUCCAGCAGGGCAUCAGGUGCAACUGCGUGUGCCCAGGAACAGUUGAUACCCCAUCUCUACAAGAAAGAAUACAAGCCAGGCCAAAUCCUGAAGCGGCACUGAGUGAUUUUCUGAAGAGACAGAAGACUGGAAGAUUUGCAACUGCAGAAGAAAUAGCCCUGCUUUGUGUGUAUUUGGCUUCUGAUGAAUCCGCCUAUAUGACAGGCAAUCCUGUCAUCAUCGAUGGAGGCUGGAGCUUGUGAUUUCAGGAUCUCCUCACUGGGAAGGCAGGCCCUUCCUAUCCACGGCAAAGCUGGUUGUGCAGAAAACUCACCAUUAUGUCCUUCUUGUUAAUCAUAUAGGAAUGAAAACAAGCCCUUUCUAAUGAUGUCAUUGCUCACAAGUCCAGUUCUUUAAAUAUAUUAAUCUCUUUCUAAUCUCCUCUACAAUCAUUGUAGAUGACCUAAAAGAUAAUGAACUCACUGCAAAUGGGUAGUUUUAAAAAUAAACUGCAAGUUAUAAGCAUAUAACAUAAAAUGCCAGUAUGAAGGAAAAGGAAGGUUUUUUUAAAAAAGGUAUUAAUUUCUAUUUUACCUCUAUUUCCCAAUAUUCAAAUAUUUUAUACAGUUUUGCAUUUGUUAGUAUAUGGGAACUAAGUUUAAAAUCUUAUACCUUUGUAAAUGAAUACCAAGCGUAAGAAGUAGUUUGACUUCAAUAACUUACAUUAAAAGGAGUUUAGUCAGAAUUAUUGCUGAUCUGUUACAUAAAACAAAAAUAAUGAGCAGGUA